UCAUCAAACAGUUAAGACGUUAGUGAAAUUGCGCGUUCAGGUUUGGUUCCAGAUUGAAUCGUUCGGUUGUGGUUUAAAUGUUACAACUAGCUUAACUGGUGUCGACCAUACAGGAAUAAUUAACAACAAAUUCGGGUCAAGAUCAAGGCUCGCAAGAAAGUGCCUCCGCGAGUAUAAUGUCAUUAGUUCGUGCUUUGUUUGUGUUGUUUGUGGUGACCUGCGUUUCCGGUGCAGACCUCCAAGUGACGAACACAAACAGUGUAAGCGAAGGUUCGCCGGAAUCACCCUAUGAAACACAAACGGCCCAGUGCACAAUCACUUCUGGUGAGGUUGAAGCUAGUGCCCAAGCAACCAUCAGUAAAACUUUGGUCGGAGUAUGUGGAACGGACGAAAUGCUAACGGCUUUUCGCACAUUAGAGGCAAAAUUAUUACAAGAGCUUUUGAACAUUCAACGAAUGAUUAGAAAUUCAUUCUAUGUCCCACCGCCAAUGACACCUUCGGAGUACAAAGCUAUCAAGCGGGUAACAACUCAAAUGGACACUAGCACUGGCACCAAACUAACGUCCCAACAGACUCCACAGCCAUCGACAACCACUAGCACUACUGCAAAACCAGCGGAGAGCGGUGGUGUAUAUUUUCCUGAUGAUCAGGAAGAUGACCAUCGGCUGUUUAAGCCUAAUAGGGAUCUAGUGAAAGAAUUGCCACAAGGCAGUCGGAAACCCUUAACCCCCAUUAUUCGCACCGGUAGCGAUACACAAGAAAAACCGGUGAAGCCAUCAAACACUCCAGUGCUGGAAUUCAAACCCAUCGAUAGUCCCGUUCAGACGAGAUUCCUAACGGGAGGCCUGCGUGACUACGAGGUAUACCGAUUCAACAACACCGUUGUGUCCAGCGGAGAUACCAAAGUGUUCAAAUACUUCUGGAAAGUUGAUCGCUUCACCGAGAGGCUCCAAUCGAAUGUUAGUUCUUUCACAAGUCCGAUAUUCGUGAUAUCAGGACUCAACCUACGCUUGAAGGCCACUCUAAACUAUGGUAAAAAAGAUCACAUCUAUCUGCAAGUGGAGCAACUGUCACCAAUGGAUGAUGAGUUGAGGAAAAAACCAAAUGUGAUCCUACAGGAAGGAUCACUGUACGGCGGUGUGGAAACUAAAGAAUACCUCCGCCAUAAAAUUAUUCUCCUCAAUCAGGGGGUACCCUUCAGCGAUCUCAAUUCCCAAGAAUUCUGGAAUACUAACACAGGUUUCACUAUCCCAUAUAGAGCGCUUCUGACAAAUUCUUAUUUGAAGCAAGACAAGAUCCUCAUUGAAGUGGUGAUAUAUUUAUGAACUUUUAAUGUUGAAUAGAAGUACUGUGCUAGUUAUUAAUACAUUCAUGUAGUAUGUAUGUGUGUGAACAUAAUAAAUCGAUCGUCAAUUUGAAAA